AGUCCCCGCGCCCUGAAGUCCCCCGCAUACCCCGGUGCCCGGCGCCUCGCGUCCCCGCAACCCCCGCGACCCCCGGUGCCCUGCGUCUCGCGUCCCCGCGCGCUCCCCAAAGUCCCGGCAGCGGCAGGCCACUGCGCGACCCGGAGGAGAGCGCCGCCUUCCUGCGCUCCGCAGGCACCAUGGCCGCCCCCGACCUGUCCACCAACCUCCAGGAGGAGGCCACCUGCGCCAUCUGCCUCGACUACUUCACGGACCCAGUGAUGACCGACUGCGGCCACAACUUCUGCCGCGAGUGCAUCCGGCGCUGCUGGGGCCAGCCCGAGGGCCCGUACGCGUGCCCCGAGUGCCGCGAGCUGUCCCCGCAGAGGAACCUGCGGCCCAACCGCCCGCUCGCCAAGAUGGCCGAGAUGGCGCGGCGCCUGCACCCGCCGUCGCCGGUCCCGCAGGGCGUGUGCGCCGCGCACCGCGAGCCGCUGGCUGCCUUCUGCGCCGACGAGCUGCGCCUGCUGUGCGCGGCCUGCGAGCGCUCUGGGGAGCACUGGGCGCACCGCGUGCGCCCGCUGCAGGAGGCGGCCGACGACCUCAAGGGCAAGCUGGAGAAGUCCCUGGAGCAUCUGCGGAAGCAGAUGGAGGACGCGCUGCUAUUCCAGGCCCAGGCGGAGGAGACCUGCGCCCUGUGGCAGAAGAUGGUGGAGAGCCAGCGGCAGAACGUGCUGGUGGAGUUCGAGCGGCUGCGCCGCCUGCUGGUGGAGGAGGAGCAGCGGCUGCUGCAGCGGCUGGAGGAGGAGGAGCUGGAGGUGCUGCCGCCGCUGCGGGAGAGCGCCGCCCGGCUCGCGCAGCAGAGCGCCCAGCUGGCUGAGCUCGUCGCGGAGCUGGAGGGGCGCUGCCAGCUGCCGGCGCUGGGGCUGCUGCAGGACGUCAGGGACACCCUGCGCAGGGUCCAGGACGUGAAGCUGCAGCCGCCCGAGGUGGUGCCCAUGGAGAUGAGGACGGUGUGCAGGGUGCCGGGGCUGGUGGAAGCCCUGCGGCGGUUCCGAGGGGAUGUGACUCUGGAUCCCGACACCGCCAACCCCGAGCUGGUCCUGUCGGAGGACAGGAGGAGCGUGCGGCGGGGGGACCUGCGGCAGCCCCUGCCCGACAGCCCCGAGCGGUUCGACCCUGGGCCCUGCGUGCUCGGCCGGGAGCCCCUGACCUCGGGCCGCCACUACUGGGAGGUGGAGGUGGGGGAGCGGGCCAGCUGGGCCCUGGGUGUCUGCAGGGACAACGCCAACCGCAAGGAGAAGGGCGAGCUGUUUGCCGGCAACGGCUUCUGGAUCCUGGUGUUCCUGGGAAGUUACUACAACUCCUCCGAGCGGGCCUUCGCCCCACUCCGGGACCCACCCCGGCGCGUGGGCGUCUUUCUGGACUACGAGGCUGGACAUCUGUCCUUCUACAGCGCCACCGACGGCUCGCUGUUAUAUGCCUUCCCUGAGACGCCCUUCUCAGGGACCCUCCGGGCCCUCUUCUCACCUCUGUCUAGCAGCCCAACCCCUAUGACCAUCUGCAGGCCAAAAGGCGGGCCUGGGGACAUGCUAGCUCCCCAGUGAGGGGCCCCUUAUGAGCGAGUGGGCUUCUCACGGUCCCUUGUCCUGACUUGGGAUCUUUGAGCCACCUGGAAAACCUGG